AAAUCUGGGCAAAUCAUGUUUCAUGUUUGUUCGGGGUUUCGUGGUCAACGUUGAAUUGUGUUAGUAAUAUUGUAAAAUUAUUGUUUUACAUAGUUCGUAUUUGUUCCAUAUUUCAGCACUAUGGCGGAUCAAAAUACACCAGCGGGUGAGGGAGCUCUACCCAAAGGUCUGCCGGCGCUCAAAGCUCAUGUUAUAGCAAAUAAAGUGGAUGUCGCACUAUGGGGCAUCCGAAUCCUCACUGUUCUAUGCACAAUAGGAUAUUUAUUGCCUAUAUUUAACAACCCAAUAUCAGCAUUCUACAAGGCUCUCCUAGCAAACGCGGCGACCUCAGCUCUUCGUCUACAUCAGAGGAUCCCCCCGCGGGAGAUUGCCCUCUCCCGGGAGUUCCUCGCGCGCUUCCUGUUGGAGGACAGCGCUCAUUACCUCUUCUAUUCCCUCAUAUUUAUGAACGUUGUGCCCAAUAUGUUAAUAUUAACUCCGAUCUUCUUGUUCGCGCUACUUCAUGCUGCAUCAUACUCCCUCACCAUACUUGAUACUCUAGGUCAGAACUCAAUGUGGGUUGCUCGUCUGCUCAUCUCGCUGGUGGAGUUCCAGUCGCGGAACAUUUUGCGCGCGGCCGCCCUCGCGGAGAUCGUGCUCUUCCCACUGGUCGUGUUUAUGGCACUCUUUAGUUACUGUGGUCUGAUGACCCCGUUCGUGUACUACUACUUCCUGACGUGGCGCUACACGUCGCGCCGCAACCCCUACACCCGCAACACGUUCCGCGAGCUGCGCGUGGCGGCCGAGCGCGCCGCCGGCUCGCCCUCCGCGCCCGCGCCGCUCGCGCGCACGCUGCGCUCCGCCGUCUCCCUCGUCUGCAGGAUGGCGCCGCCCGGCGAACAUCUGCACCACCGAGCGCGCACUGCGACGGCUACCUCCACCUAGCUGUCUCGCUCGCACGCGCUUGCUCGCUCAUCGAUAACGCCCGUCAUCUUAACAUCAAAGAAUGCCAUUGAAGUGACAUUCUGUUAUUAAGACUUUUCUAAAGGUUUUCAAGACCAAGAUUCCAUUCUGUCCACAACAUGCAUUUCUAACUUCACUGACCAACAUCCAAUUUAUAACUACAAAAUAAAUCUUAACUUUAUUAUUCUUUAAAAUUCUCAAUUUUAUCAAAAAUAUGUCUUAUUUUAAGUAAUUGCGACGGUAUUGUUAAUAGGUUAAUUGCUUUUGUCACUUGUUAAUUGAAACAUGUAAUUUUAUAGCUAAAAAGAAGUUGCAAUGUUUCCUAACAUUAUAUGUCCAUACAUUUUAUAUGAAGCCUGAAUUGGUUUGUUCAACUUGAUUCGGAAUUAUGUACAGUCAAGGAUUUUUAUUUCUUACCCAUUUCUGUGUGUAUUGUUAAUAAUAAAUUAGUUCGAAAACUUGUCAUAUCAACAUAACGUUCUUAUAGCUCUUAAGGGGAUGGUUUGUUGAACGAUAAUGUAUUCUAAGUAGGAAAAUAAAUUAUUUCUUUGGCUUUAUUAUUGUGUCAUUUUGAAUAUCAGAACAAUGUAGGUAAAAUAAAGCUAAAAAAAUAUUUAUACGGCUGUUACGUCAACUCCUUUUGGUGACAGCACUUACCAGUUUGACCCUGCGAGGGUACUUCAGUGCGAGGCUCGACGCGACACAACCGCAUUAACCCUCGCCCUGAACACCCCUACAAGGUCUAAAACUGGUCGGUGCCGUCACUGAAAAAAGUAGACGUGAGUAACAGCAUAAUAUUUAGUUAUUAAAUGUCUCACGAAUAAUUUAAAUUAAAACUACUUUAAAAUUGGAACCAAGUGGAACAAACCUUUUAACAGCUGUCAUUGUCGCGGUUUCUGUGGGACUAAAUAAAGGUAUUGAUAAUAUAUAAGUUUAAUUUAAUUUAAGUACGAGAAUUGAACAAUGAAAUUUUUUUUAGUUGCUAAUUAUCGUUUAAUUUAGUCAAGUUAUAAUCAUGAAUUUGUUAAUAUUGACAUGAAGUUUGUUGGAUAAAGUACAUUUAAGUUAUGCGGCAGUGUUGCCACUUAUUGUAUUAUUUCUUAUAUUCAAUAAUAAAUAAGAUAAAACAAAAUCUUAUAUAAAAUUUUACCGCAAGUAUGAGAGCUCAUCAAUAUGCAUUUAAUUUUCGUAUUAAAAUAAUAUGGAGUAUUGGGUACACAUUUUGUAUUUUAUAACAUACGGCACCUGGUUUGGGAUGAAUGUAGUCAUGAAGUUUUUAAAUAAAAUAUUGACAAUAAAAUGUA